AUGGCCCAAGAACUCAAAGCCAAAGGCAACGAGCUCUUCAAAGCGGGCGACUACAGUGGCGCCGAAGAUCUCUUCUCCCAAGCAAUCCAAAAGAACCCCCACGACGCAACCUUCUUCACAAACCGCGCCAUCACCCGAAUCAAACUAGCCAAGUGGGCCGACGUCGAACAUGACGCCCGCGCCGCAAUCGACAUCUACGGCCUGAAGAACCCCACCGCCCUCAAGAGCUGCUUCUACCUCGCCCAAGCCCUCCUCAGCCUGCAGCGCCCCCAGGAAGCACACGAUGUGGCAUCCGAAGCAUACAAACAGAGUCUGGCAGCAAAGAACCCCCAGUCAGAGAACCUGUCCGGCAUAGUGUUGCGGGCGAAACAGCAUAUCUGGGCUGCGCGGGAGACUUCACGGGUUCGGGAGCUGAAUGAGACGCUUGGUGCGGUGGAGGCGCUGGUCGAGGCUGAUGUCACCCGCGCCCUGGCUGAGCUGCAGGGUCGCUUGGACCGCGGUGAGAUCGGGGAGAUUGGAUUCGGGGAGGACCAGAGGGCGCUGCGUGAGGAUGCCGAGUUGAAGGUGCAUAAUCUGAGGGAGGCUUUCCGAAUUGCUUCAAACGGGGAGGUUCAGACACGGGUUGUGCCUGAUCAUCUUAUCGACGGUAUCACCUUUGAGAUCAUGCAUGAUCCCGUGAUUACCCCGUCUGGCAGCAGCUUCGAUCGCAUUCCUAUCACCAAGUAUGUGGAGAAGGCGGGUGUUGAUCCCUUGACGCGAGCUCCCAUGACAGUUAAGGAUUUGCGGAAUAAUUACGCGCUCAAGGCAGCCUGCGAGGAGUUCUUGACUCACAAUGGUUGGGCAGUCGAUUGGUAA